GAGCCUUUUCGGCCCCAGCUGCCUCCACGCGAACAUGCCUCUGGCGAAAGACCUGCUGCAUCCCUCCCCCGAGGAGGAGAAGCGGAAACACAAGAAGAAGCGUCUGGUCCAGAGUCCGACCUCCUAUUUCAUGGACGUGAAGUGUCCAGGUUGCUAUAAAAUCACCACUGUAUUCAGCCAUGCUCAGACUGUAGUUCCGUGUGUUGGCUGCUCAGCUGUGCUGUGCCAGCCCACCGGAGGAAAGGCAAGGCUUACAGAAGGAUGCUCCUUCAGACGAAAGCAGCACUAAACUGAAGUGUUUGAGAUGGGUGGGACUACCUCCGCAGUUGGCUGCACAGACAAAUACAGAUGGUUCCAGAGCGUGGGAUUCAGCCACAGAGCAACAUUAAG